UCUUACCACCCUGGGUCCAGCUGUUGACAUGCUCAGAGCAGCGGGUGGCCCGCCCUGUCUGAGCAGCGUCAUGGCUGCUCAGCAUAGGCUCGGCCAGGCUUCAGGAACCGCCCUCUGGCACCUGGUCUAUAUUAGUUCUCCUCCAACAGGAAGAAUUUUCUUUCGCUGGCCCAGCUGGUCCGGUUACCUUCAGGAAGAUUGGAUAAUCAAGAAAUGCAAGAGUCUGCUGUGCAUUUGAAAAUGAUGCCAGAAUUCCAGAAAAGUUCAGUUCGUAUCAAGAACCCUACACGAGUAGAAGAAAUCAUCUGUGGUCUUAUCAAAGGAGGAGCUGCCAAACUUCAGAUAAUCACAGACUUUGAUAUGACACUGAGUAGAUUCUCCUAUGAAGGGAAAAGGUGCCCAACAUGUCAUAAUGUCAUUGACAACUGCAAGUUUGUUACUGACGAGUGUCGAAAGAAGUUGCUGGAGCUGAAGGAGAAGUACUAUGCCAUCGAAGUUGACCCUGUCCUCACCGUGGAAGAGAAAUGCCCAUUCAUCGUGGAGUGGUAUACUAAAUCACAUGGUUUGCUUGUUGAACAAGGUAUACAGAAAGCUAAACUUAAAGAAAUCGUGGCUGAAUCUGACAUCAUGCUCAAGGAAGGGUAUGAGAAUUUCUUCGAUAAGUUGCGUCAGCACGGCGUGCCUGUGUUCAUCUUUUCGGCUGGAAUUGGUGAUGUCCUGGAGGAAGUCAUCCGCCAAGCUGGAGUUUAUUAUCCAAAUGUCAGAGUCGUGUCCAACUUCAUGGACUUCGAUGAAAAGGGGGUGCUGAGGGGUUUUAAGGGAGAGCUGAUCCACGUAUUUAACAAGCACAAUGGUGCCUUGAAGAACAGUGACUAUUUCGGCCAAGUGAGGGACAACAGUAAUGUCAUCCUCCUGGGGGACUCCCAAGGAGACCCACGGAUGGCCGAUGGAGUCGCCAACAUCCAGCAUGUCCUGAAAAUCGGCUAUCUAAAUGACCGGGUAGAAGAGCUUUUGGAAAAAUACAUGGACUCUUAUGAUAUUGUUUUAAUCAAAGAUGAAUCUCUGGAGGUGGCCAACUCUAUUUUUCAGAAGAUUCUAUAACAAGUGUUUUUGCCUUGGGCACAGCCAUACAAUCUCCCCAUCCAUUGUGCUGAUGAACUCCUGUUUAUAAUGUGGUUGCUCUUGAAGUUUUCCCUCUGUGUGGUUGAAGUGCUUUCAGAGGCGUCCAUUGGUCAGCUGGAAACACCUCAUGUCCACCUCAAGAUACUCCUCGCCACAUUUUUAAAACUGAUUUUUUAACAACUUAAAGCCAAAAUUAGAAACAUAUCUCCCCACUCAUCCAGAGUGAGCUUUUUGUUUAAAGGUUUCAUGAGGUCUUCAACCACAGGGACAUUUGUAGCAUUUUUAUGAAAUGGUGACAAUCUGCAUGAUUUUUAGUGUGGCUGCUCUAUUGUGGAUUGUAAUGACCAUGGGUGCCGCCAUCUUCUGCGCUUGUGUUACAUACUUGGUCACAAUUUCCUAGGAAACACUGGUAGAUGUGUUUCGGACACAGACAGCCACUCGUGUUGCUGAACAUUGCAGAUUUUCCAUGUGAUGCAGUGAUAAUACAUGUAUGGACAUGAAAAGCCUUUCUCAUUUUCAGCUCUGCUGUCCUGGCUGUAUUUUUCAGCAGUUACUGUGCCAAUCACCUGCCAUAGGUUUCCUCCUUCCUUCAUUCUGUGACAGAUGAGUCCCAGCAUCCUUGCUGUAGUGGCUAUUUAUUUUGAAUGAUUUUUUUGUUGUU